AUGGUUUCAUUCGAGGAUCCUACCGUGCUUGCUGAUUUCAUGGAAUCUGAGCUCGAAAAACCGAUGGCCUUCAAGAUUGAUUCGACGGGACGAUCAGUGUAUCAGUCCCGUAAUGACUUUGGGCCACUUAAAAGCCUAAGAAGUAUACCACAGCUUGUCGACUUUGGCUUAGCAACCAGACUGGAGGAAGACGAUGACUGGGGUAUCUGGCCUAUUCAGCCAGACCACUAUCGGGCGCCAGAGGUGAUAUUGGGCAAUGGAUGGCAAAUGCCUGCGGAUAUUUGGAAUCUUGGUGUUCUAUUGUGGGAUUUGAUCGAAGGAAAAGAGCUAUUUCGGCAUAUUUAUGAUCAAAAAGGUCGCUACGAUGCUAAACUACACCUCGCCGAAAUGAUAGAUUUACUCGGUCCACCACCUCCAGAGGUCAUACAAAGGUAUCAAUAUAUGCGAGAGUACUCGUGGCCGGAACCUGUCAGACGAGAAGACGACAGAGUAUGCGAGACUGCGGAGGAGUACUUCUGCGGGCCAUUCUUUGACAAUAAUGGUAUCACUAGAUUUCCUAUCUUCAACGAAUUAUUCUCAGACUCACGAAACAUCUUAGGUCGCUUUCUUUACGAAGACCUGAUCCCUGACCGGAAACUACACGACACAGUUUCCUUCCUUGAGGGAGAGGAGAGGGAAGCUUUUCUGGAUCUCGCCAAGGGAAUGCUUGUCUGGCAUCCAGAUGCGAGAAGAACAGCAGGCGAACUGGCGGGGCAUCCUUUUCUUCAACCAAAACAGACAAGCGCCUGA